UCCACGGUUUACUCUCCGCUUGCUUUCCUUGAUGGUUCAAUAAGGCAAUAACGCCGUGACAGGUCCUCUCAUUCCCACUCAGCACGUUGAAGGAAAAAAGACACGAACCAAGGGGAACCAACAGAAAUUUAUUUACUUAAUAUUACUUACAUUUUCGUUUUGAAUUGUCUUAUAUGCUUUCUAAGAGCAUCAAUCUAGUCGUAUUUUCUCUGAGAUGGAAAUGAGAUGUCGCCCAACAACGGUAAUGUGCUGUGCUUUUGUGGUUCUGUUCUCCAUCGCUCGUUCUGUGGAUGCUUCAUUCGGGGACAGACAGUACCUGAACGAAUGGGCGGUGGAGAUUCCGGGAGGACCGGACGCCGCAAGGUCCAUCGCCAAAGAACUAGACUACCGACUAGUCCGCCAGAUUGGGACGCUAGAAAACCAUUACUUGUUCAAACACCAGACUCAUCCUAGCAGGACGAAACGAAGUGCCGAUCACAUCACCAAACGCCUGUCUGAGGAUGAUCGGGUAUCGUGGGCGGAGCAACAGUAUGAGAAGCAGCGCAGUAAGCGGGCGUCGCUGGGAUCAUGCCGGAACUGUCCAGUGGACAAGCUGUUCGAUGACCCCAUGUGGAACCAGCAGUGGUACCUGCAAGACACUCGGACGUCGUCCUCCCUGCCCAAGCUGGACCUCCACGUAAUUCCCGUGUGGAGGAAAGGGAUCACAGGGAAAGGAGUGGUCAUCACCGUGCUGGAUGACGGUCUGGAGUGGAACCACACCGACAUCUACCCCAACUACGACGCAGCAGCCAGCUACGAUUUCAAUGACAACGACCCUGACCCCUUCCCCAGAUACGACUCCACCAAUGAGAACAAGCAUGGAACCAGGUGUGCCGGUGAGAUCGCCAUGCAGGCAGAUAACUAUAAAUGUGGAGUUGGGGUGGCGUACAACUCCAAGGUUGGAGGGAUCCGCAUGUUGGACGGUAUCGUGACGGACGCCAUCGAGGCCAGUUCUAUUGGCUUCAACCCAGACCAUGUGGACAUCUACAGUGCCAGCUGGGGACCCAACGACGAUGGCAAGACGGUGGAGGGCCCCGGUCGCCUGGCGUCAAAAGCCUUUGAGUACGGCAUCCAGAAGGGCCGCGGCGGGAAGGGCUCCAUCUUUGUGUGGGCAUCGGGGAACGGGGGCCGUCAGGGGGACAACUGCGACUGUGACGGCUACACGGACAGCAUCUACACCAUCUCCAUCAGCAGUGCCUCCCAGCAGGGCCUGUCUCCCUGGUACGCUGAGAAGUGCUCCUCCACCCUGGCCACCGCUUACAGCAGCGGAGACUACACCGACCAGAGAAUAACCAGUGCUGAUUUGCAUAACGAAUGCACCGAGACGCACACGGGAACCUCCGCCUCCGCCCCACUGGCUGCUGGGAUAUUUGCCCUGUCGCUGGAACAGAACCCUGAGCUAACAUGGAGGGAUCUGCAGCACUUGGUGGUGUGGACUUCGGAGUUCGACCCGCUAGCCAACAAUCCCGGCUGGAAGAGGAACGGGGCAGGCCUGAUGGUCAACAGUCGUUUUGGAUUUGGCCUGCUCAACGCUAAGGCCCUGGUGGACCUGGCCGACCCGGCCACCUGGAAACACGCCCCCGAGAAGAAGCAGUGCAUCGUCAGGGACGACUCCUUCCAGCCCAGGGCAUUGAAAGCAGCAGGGGAGAUCACCAUUGAGAUCCCCACCAAGGCCUGUGCCGGCCAGAACAACGCUGUCCUGUCACUGGAGCAUGUGCAAGUGGAGGCCAGCAUCGAGUACACCAGGCGAGGAGACCUACACAUCAAACUCACUUCCCCAUCAGGCACCAGCACAGUCCUGCUGGCGGAGAGAGAGAGGGACACGUCAUCUAACGGCUUUAGGAACUGGGACUUCAUGUCAGUUCACACAUGGGGAGAGGACCCCACUGGCACCUGGACCCUUAAGAUCACUGACACAUCGGGGCGAAUGGAGAACGAAGGUCAGAUCCUAAGCUGGAAGCUUAUUCUCCACGGCACGUCAGAAAAGCCUGAGCACAUGAAGAAACCCAGAGUGUACGUCCCCUACAACGCUGUCCAGAAUGACCGUAGAGGAGUGGAGCACAUGGAUGACAUGAUAGAGGAGCUGCCCACCCAGGCUGAGGUUCACCCACCACAGAAGACCCAGCCCCCUCCUCCUGCCACCCCUGAGAGGAAGGAGACAAGACCCUCCUCCUUCCCCCCCUCCCUGGCCCUUCUGCAUCUCCUCCAGACGGCCUUCAACAGACAGACCCCAGCCGCCCUGUCCCAGUCCCCAGCCAAGGCCUCUAGCUGGGGAGAGCAGCACACGGGCAGGGCCCCCUCCCUUCCAUGGAGAGCAGGCCCUCAUGUCGCUCCACAGAAGCUGUACCAGGCUCUGGACAGGAUCAACCAGUACCAGCAGGGUGGGCAGGACAACAGCCUGUAUAGCGACUAUAGCGACGGCUUUUAUAGCACCAAGCCCUACAGACACAGAGAUGACCGACUGCUCCAGGCGCUCUUUGACAUGCUCUCUGACGACAGGCAGUGAGGAGGGAGGAUAUGGGAGGAGAGUGGGUAAGGCAAGGGCGGAACUCCAGUCCUGCAGUGUGUGUUGGCUUUUGUUCUAGCUUAACAGAUCCGGCCCCCGAAUCCCAACUUGAGUCGAGUUAGGAUUCGGGGCCAAAUGAACACACCCGAUUUAACCAAACACGGUCUACAUUGAAGACCUCCUUCGUUGACUACCGGUAGGUGAAUCAGGUGUGUAAGUGCUGGGCUAGAGUCUGCACAGCCCUGCCACUCUCCUUGGUCAAGAAUGGCCACCCAUGGGGUAAGGGGUGAGAGAGAAAGUGUGAGGAGGUGGUAGCUGGGCAUGGAAGGAGGGAGGGGGAGAGUGAACGCCAGAUAGAAACUCUUCCAGCCAACUGUGAUGUUGUUUUUCCAAAACGCUACUUUUCUUUCCUUGCAGCAUUCUAGCCUGUCUGUCUGUAGUUUUGUAUUUCAUUCUGUACAGUUAGUUGUAAGUCGGUUGCAUCUCAAUACCCACAAGUGGCUUCCUUUCCUCCUCCUCCUUCCUUUCCUCCUCCUCCCCCCUCCUCCUGAUGUAAUUGAAGUCUAGCUAACCCAUAGACCAUAGAUCUCUGUCAUAUUGCUUCAGUCUUUUCAGAUCAAUAUGCAGGAAGGAAAGGAGACAAGGAAAUGGAACCCCUGUAGCGUAUUUAAAUUAAUCUGUGGUUGCAUUCCACCCCUCCUCCAGCCAUCUAUCCAAUAGUCUUCAAGUGACAGUUAACAUCAAAGUCAACGUUCAGCCGAUGUUUUCAGCCCUCAAAAGUGCUCUGAUGUCAGGAUGUGUCCAGGCCCCACGACAUCUGUUUUGUAGACUCAGCUGUAUCCCUCAACUCCAAAUUAAUGAAAAACAUAGCCACUGCGCUGCUAAAUGCAUAUAGGGGAAAUGCUGCUCUAUUUGACACCUUUACCUGUCAGUCGUAUUGAAAGUAAGGAGACAAGAGAAGGAGAAAGGGACGAGGAAAGGAUGUUUUUAAGACUUUUGGGACACAGCCCUAUUCUCCCUUCACGGCACUACCUGCUUGAGCAUGCUAUGUACAGUACCUUUAGAAUUUCAAGUUCAUAAUUGUAUUAUGACUGACACUAUUAUCUAUAUAUUAUACAAAGACAAUGAAUGUAAUGUUGCUUUUACACUGAACAAAAAUAUAAGCGCAACAUGCAAAAAUUUCAACGAUUCUACUGAGUUACAGUUCAUAUAAGUAAAUCAGUCAAUUGAAAUAAAUUCCUUAGGCCCUAAUCUAUGGAUUUCACAUAACUGGAAAUACAGAUAUGCAUCGGUUGGUCAUAGAUACAUUAAAAAAAGGUAGGGGCGUGGAUCAGAAAUCCAGUCAGUAUCUGGUGUGACCACCAUUUACCUCAUGCAGCGCGACACAUCUCCUUCGCAUAGAGUUGAUCAGGCUGCUGAUUGUGGCCUGUGGAAUGUUGUCCCGAUUCUCUUCAAUGGCUGUGCUAAAUUGCUGGAUAUUGGCGGGAACUGGAACACGCUGGCGUACACUUCGAUCCAGAGCAUCCCAAACAUGCUCAUGGGUGACAUGUCUGGUGAGUAUGCAGGCCAUGAAGGAACUGGGACAUGUUCAGCUUCCAUCUGUGUACAGAUCCCUGCGACAUGGGGCUAUGCAUUAUCAUGCUGAAAUAUGAAGUGUUGGCAGCUGAUGAAUGGCAUGAAAUGACAGUGGGCCUCAGCAUCUCGUCAUGGUAUCUCUGCAUUCAAAUUGCCAAUCGAUAAAAAGCAAGUGUGUUCGUCGUCCGUAGCGUAUGCCUGCCCACACCGUAACCCCACUGCCACCAUGAGGCACUCUGUUCACUAGGUUGACAUCAGCAAACCGCUCACCCACACGGCACCAUACAUGCUGUCUGCCAUCUGCUUUGCACAGUUAAAACCAGCAUUCAUCUGUGAAGAGCAUACUUCUUCAGCGUGCCAGUGGCCAUCGAAGGUGAGCAUUUGCUCACUGAAGUCGGUUACAACGCCAAACUGCAGUCAGGUCAAGACACUAGUGAGGACGACGGGCACACAGAUGAGCUUCCCUGAGACUGUUUCUGACAGUUUGCGCAGAAAUGUCUUUGGUUGUGCAAACCCACAGUUUCAUCAGCUGUCCGGGCGGCUGGUCUCAGACAAUCUCGCAGGUGAAGAUGUGGAGGUCCUGGGCUGGCGUGGUUAAAUGUGGUCUGCGGUUGUGAUGCCGGUUGGACGUACUGCCAAAUUCGCUAAAACGACGUUGGAGCUUAUGGUAAAGAAAUGAACAUUACAUUCUCUGGAAACAGCUCUGGUGGACAAUCCUGCAGUUAGCAUGCCAAUUGCAUGCUCCCUCAAAACUUGAGAAAUCUGUGGCAUUGUGUUGUGUGACAACUGCACAUUUUAGAGGGGACUUUUAUUGUCCCCAGCAGAAGGUGCACCUGUGUAAUGAUCAUGCUGUUUAAUCAGCUUCUUGAUAUGCCUAACCGGUGGGCUAGAUUGAUUAUCUUGGAAAAGGAGAAAGGCUCACUAACAGGGAUGUAAAAACAAAUGUGUGCACAAAACUUGAGAGAAAUAAGCUUUUUGUGCGUAUGGAAAAUGUCUGGGAUCAUAUAUUUCAGCUCAUGAAACAUGGGACCAACAAUAUAUGUUGCGUUUGUGUUUUUGUUCAGUAUAAAUAUACUUGACCUCUAAACUAACCACCUCUCUAAACUCCAAAUAUGAAAUCUGUAUUUAAUAUUUAUAUUUUGACAUAUUUAUUUUGGCAUAUAUUUGUUUUUUUGCAAGAGUAGACGUACUCACUGUGCUACUGUAUCUCAGCCCCAAAUCCUGAUUUGGGGAAUGUACUUUUGAGGUAUAUUCACAAUUUCAAUUUAGGAGUCCGAUACUUUAUUAUGCAUAAAAAAAUGCAGUCCCCUUACUGUUUUUCAAACUGAAAACUCUUUUAUGCUGUUCUAUUGAGAAAAAAUGUGUAGUAAAGUUCACUUCUUUGCGAUUUUAUUUUAUAAUAGAAAAAAAAGAAAGAACAAGAAAUAGAGACAAUAAAUGACCAAGAACCAAUUGGUUGAGUAAUUCUUAUAGAGGUUAUUCAACCCUCGAGAUCUAUAGAUAUAAUGAAUAUGAUUAAAGCUUUUGCAAAUUGGUCAUGUUGAAACCAUUUGAAUAAUUAUUUAAACUGACAAUAUAAAAGAACUCUAAAAGGAAACAUUUCAAAUAUAUAUCUAUAUAUACAGUAGAACUAUAUACAUAUAUACAUAUACUACACAUGUUGUGUAAUUUGAUUUAUUUUAGAUUCAAAGUACAACGCUACAUUAAAUGAAAUAUUUUUCUAAAAAAUAAAAAAAUUGUAUACGUAUAUAUAAAUCCCUUAAUUCAUUCCGUUUAUAUUACAAAUGGUUUUAGUUGACAUUUUCAGUUAAAUUCUAGGUUUAAAUUAAAACAAAAUAAAUGGAAUUAUGAAUAGAAAUGAACAUUGCCAAACUGUUGUGCUGCUGAAGAAAAAUAGCUUUUCUGUGUUUGGGUGUAAAACAGGCUUGGAUGUUGUUGCUUCAUUUACAAACUCAUGUUGACACAACUACCUAGUUACAUGCAACGUAUUGGAUAUCUUCAUUUCUACAUGUAUACUCUUUGGUAUUAGUGGACCUAUCAUCAUUCAAUCCAAGUAUACUUUAGUGAACUGUAUACUGGUAAUACUUUAAUGUAGGAGCUUUACACUAAAAUACUAUAACACAUUUAUAAGCUAUAUAUUAUACCUUCAUAUGCCCUACAUAAACGUUCACGUUUAUGCUCUCAACUGCAGGUCGGUAGAUGUCACUGCAUAUCUUAUGUCAACUUGCGGUUGUUAGUCUUAGCUGACAUUUACAUGUAUAAAUGCUUAUGUAGUGCUUAUGACAGUGUAAUGAACUGCUAUGAAUGUGAUGUUUCCCUAUGUAUGUAGAGCCCCAUACAUUACAGUGUUAAGUAGUCCCUAUUUUCUGUGGUAUUGGCUCUAGCCCUGCUCUCUGCCAAACAAGGUGAAAGAUUGAGACGACAGAUGAAGAACAGUUUACAUGCAUCCUAUAAUUAUACAUCUUUCAAUGUAGCCAGUGUUGUUCUAAUGUUUGUUUAUAUUUUGGAUUUAAAUCGAUGCUUCUGUCCAAAAUUGUUUACAAAAGCUGAAAUAUUCUGUAUGGAUGUACAAAAUUAGAUUUAUCGUAAUAAACUGCAAAGUGAC